GAAGGUAAAAGCGACAACCAGGCAGUCACAAUGAGGCAGGAACUAAGAGGAGACGAGGAACAACAACCUGGCCAAGCCGCAACCUCUGAUCGCCAUCGCCAUCGUCCGUCUUCAUCUCUUGACAAGGCAGCUCUCUGUUAUUCCCGCCCUUCCCUCCUCUCUCUCUCUCUCUCUCUCUCUCUACCUGUCUGCCUAUCUCUCUCUCCUUUUCCCUAUUCUAUUUCGGUACCACCAAGCCGGGCUUUCUUCUCUCUCGCUUCCCUUCCCAGAAUCUCCUCAGCAACCAACCAGGGAACAACGCUGCGCCGUCACUCUCCUGAUAUAUACAAUCUCGCCAUUCAGUAAUUUAUGCACGCCACCCAACGAAACAAACAGGACCGACAGAAAGGAGGACGAGGGAAAAACGAAGGAGCCAAUCAACCGGAAUGAUCAUUUAACAAAGGCCGCCCCCUAUUGCUGUUGUCGCUAUUAUUUCCUUUUUUUCUCCUCUACAUCCUCCCCACCCUACCUGUCCGGACUCCCACCCUAGAAUCCGCUCGACCUGUCAACGAUCACGAAAUUGUUUCAACCCUACCCAGCUGGACCGGGCACCGCUACCAUCACCCGCAACCCGAUUUCGCCGGUUCUUAUAUACCAAUUACAUUACCCUUCACACCACACCCGGACCAACCUACCGCCAAACCGCAUUCUCAUCGCGAGCCCGCCAGCCAGCGCAAGGAGGAUGUGUCGCUUUCUGGUCUACCGAGGCAGUGACGAGAUCCUGCUCUCGAAGCUGAUCCUCGACCCGACGCACUCCAUCCUCAAACAGUCAUUCGAUUCGCGAUUGCGAUUGGAUACUCGUCGUGGCCAGAACAAUGCCGACGGCUUUGGCAUCGGCUUCUACACGGACCCGAAACUGGGUGCGGCCCCUUGCCUGUUCACCUCGACCAUCCCCGCCUGGAACUGCACCAACCUCCACCGCAUCGCCUCCAAGACCGCCUCGCGACUGGUCUUCGCCCAUGUUCGAGCCACCACCGAGGGAUCCCUCAGCGAGGACAACUGCCACCCCUUCUACCACGGAAGCUUGAUGUUCAUGCACAACGGCGGCCUCGGAGGCUGGAAGCAUAUCAAGCGGAAGCUCGGAGAGCGAUUGCACGACAAGUGGUACCUCGUAGUGCAGGGCGGCACCGAUAGCGAAUGGGCGUUUGCCCUGUUUCUUGAUCGCCUGCAGCGGUUGGGCGUCGACCCCAGCUCCCAGCCCAAGAACGGCUUCGGUCCGGCCAUCAUCCGCAGGGCUCUCCUGCAGACCAUCGAAGUCAUCAACGAGCUCACCAUGGCCAUACCCGAGAGCGUUAUCCAGAGCGAGAACGUAGACACGCGAAGCUUGCUGAACUUCGCCGUCACCGACGGGCACAGCAUCAUCUGCACACGAUAUGUGAGCAGCAAGACCGACGAGGCGGCCAGCCUCUACUUCUCGUCGGGUACUCAAUGGGAGAGCAGGCCGUGCGCCGGCGGCGAUCGAGAUUACCAGAUGGAGCGGCGCGACAAGGGGGCUGACAUCGUCCUUAUCGCCAGCGAACCCCUGACAUUUGAACGAGAAAACUGGGUCAAUGUGCCUACCAACUCGAUCCUCACGAUCCAUGGCCAGACUGUCAUGGUGAACCCCAUUAUCGACGGGUACUCGGAUCGCGACCCGUACCAUAAGCGAUCCUCGGCGUUUGCCCAAACUAAAGGCCUUACCACGAACGAGAAGUCGAUCCCGCGCGUAGCCGGCCCUUUGACUGCCCCGAACAUCGAUCUAGACAAUCACAGACGCAUCUUCGGCCCGCUGCUUCCCGCCGGCGUUGGUCGAAGUCGGACGCCAGAAGCUCCGUCGGCGCCGAUACGAGCUAAGACGCCGCUCGAGUCCUCUGAGACCGCCUCCGAUAUACGUGCCCCUCCGAGCGACCUUCCCACGACGCCCCCGGAGGCCCGUUCCGUAAGGGCGGCCAGGGCACCCUCUCAGGGAAACAUUAAGAGAAAACGGCGCUCGCUCAACUUCGGCGAGCACCCUCACCCUGCCGAGCAACAAGCAGAGACGGAGAUUGCCGUGCCGGAUAGCCCCGUGCAGAGCUCCGCAAGAGCACCUGACUACACCACUUCAGAGAAGGCAGCUCGAGUGCUCGGAAUGGCUCUAUAGGAAAGGGAGAUCCAUCCAUAUUAACGAGUUCCGUGGGUUGGCUGUGCCUUAACACCCGCUUUUAUUACGGGCUCCGCACCAUGACGAGGUUGGGGCUCGGGUACCAAGGAUCUAGAACAUGAAAUUUCUCGGCAAGACGAAGCGAGGGAAGAGAGUAUAGACAAAAAACAAAAAAAAAAACAACCUAACGAUAGAAUGGCUUCACGGCGGCAAGGUGUAGCAAGGCGUUUUUCUUUGCGGUCAUGGUCGUAGUUGUUUUCCGACAUGAACGAAGCAAAAAGUGGGAGAAGAAGAUAUAGAUGACGAGUCGUCCUUUUGACGCGCGUGUAGCAUAACAUGAGCAUCGCGAGUUGGACCACCCUCAACCUCCCCAUACCCCCCCCCCCCCACCAUUAAUGGACUUUAUAGACUUGA